AUGUAUAAUCAUCAAAAUGGAUUUGAAAACCAGCUACUCUACCGCGACUACUAUCGCUUUCCAACACCCGGCAACUCAAUAGCACCGCCUCCUCAUCCUCAAGACUACGGGUUGAGAGUACAGCCAGAAUUAAGCAAAUCAAGCAGAUUGUUCCAAACCUCUCUGCACCCACCCGAGCCAGACAAUGGCCCUUAUUAUAGAAGCACUCCAAUUCCACAACUGCAACAAUCGCAGCAACUUCUCCAACCACAAUCGCAGCAACUUCUCCAACCACAACCACAGCCUCAAUAUAUUAAAUCACAACCUCAGUAUCAACAACAAAAUGUACCACCACAAAGACAACCCCCACAAUAUCAGAGUCAAGUACGCUUCGAGGAACCAGCUAAUCACGUGAACAAUCAAAGACCUCAAAGACCGCGGAGAAAGAGGCCUACCAAUGAAACACGCUCUUUUGGCCGUGGUGUUAAAGUAAAUUAUCAGUAUUCGGAAUGUACCGGCAGAAAAAAGGCGUUGUGCAUUGGAAUCAACUACGUAGGGACCGAAAAUGAAUUAGGUGGAUGCCAGAACGACGCUGACAAAAUACGAAGAUUUUUGAUCAAGAGAUGCGGAUAUAAGCCUCAAAACAUUAUGCUUCUCAAGGAUUCGAGUGAGAUGGGUCAGAAUAUGCAGCCAACAAAGAGAAACCUCUUUAGAGCCAUGGAUUGGCUGGUGCAGGGUGCUAAGCUUAACGACGCACUGUUUUUUCACUAUAGUGGACAUGGUGGACGCACAAAAGACUUGAGCGGUGAUGAAAUCGAUGGUUUUGAUGAAACUAUCUUUCCUGUGGACUUUCAAAAGGCUGGUCAUAUAAUCGAUGACACAAUGCAUGAGAAGCUAGUACAGCCACUGCCUGCUGGCUGUAGACUCACUGCGCUAUUUGACUCUUGCCAUAGUGGUACAGCGCUUGAUCUGCCGUUCAUGUACGACAGUAAUGGUGAGGUCAAAGAGCCGGACGUCUUGAAAAUGGCAGCCGGUGAACUGUUUUCUCACAAAUUACCUAACGGGAUGAUACUACCUCUACACGAUAUUUAUUAUUUUUCCAAAAAGCUGCUCACUGGCAGGUCAGAGGACAAGAAGCGAAAAAAGACGAAAUUCAGUCCAGCGGAUGUAAUUAUGUUCGCAGCUUCCAAGGAUUCAGAGACAGCUGCAGACGCUGGUCAGAGUGGCGCUAUGAGCUAUGCUUUUCUAUCAAUCCUCUACAAAAAUCGUGACGAUGAUCUCUCUUUCAUCGAUCUUUUAAAUACUAUCCGUGAUCACAUGAGAGGUACAUACAGCCAACGGCCUCAACUCAGUAGCAGUCAUGAGCUUGACAUGGAUCUCGCUUUCGUGUGCUGA